AUGGCACCGAUCAAGAUCUACACGGGCAUGAUGCAGACAUCUCGUGAAUCCACACUCAACGGGACAGCCGGAAGAGCUAUUUUGGAGUUUUUGGAUUGGGAAAUGGUAUAUUCCAAGGACAGCGCCAUCAAAAGCUCAGCAAAGAUUGCCAAAAAGCUCCAGAAGUGGGUAUCUGUUCGCACCAGUGGGGUGCUGAUAGAAUUUCCUUGGAGAUAUGAUCUGCCUCUCAAAUCAGGAACACUGGUGGAUCUGAGAAAGGUGGAUGAUUUGUGGUCAAUUCAGGUGGAAUUUGAAGAUUUCUCCUCUCCUGGAGUGAGAUUUGGUGAUCCCGCAGAGCUGGCAGCAUGCCUCCACUGUUGA